ACACCGGAAGUGGAAAUACGUGUUACACUCAAAAUAGUCCCAUUUUCAGACUCUCCAACCCAUGGCAACACUUAAAUUAGAACUUUGGUAGUAAAAUGAAUAUUUUUAUCAGCUAUGUGUAUAUGUACACGGGUCACCGGUAAAUAAGCAUAGAUGUCAGACACCGGGGCGGAGUGGCAGGUUGCCGGGCGACGAAAAGGCGCAGCGCGGAAAUCAAAAUCAGUUCAGGUGUCUUCAAAUUCAGCAUGCUGUCAGGAGCAGCUGGACACUGGGAAAACUGUUAAACGAAUCCGAGACACAUUGUCUGAGUUAAGAUGCGAGGAAUUUUGGCAUGAGUGGAAAGAACAGCUGCUGGUGGCAGGAUCAGCAGCCCUCUCAAAACCAACAGAGAACCCGGACCCUGAGGGCCCCACGGACCAGCUGGGGAGCAGCAGAGAUGGCAGACUGCACCAGCAGCUGGAGUGUGUGUGUUAUGGCCUGGGCUCCUUUUCCUCUUGUGUCUCUGCUCGCUUCCAGCUUGCCAUGUUGCUGCUGCUGCUGGAUGCAGGACAGAUACCACUGAAGGACUGCUCUGUGUAUGACCCUGUAUUCUCAUCUGGAGAGAGGGAUGUUUUGAGAGAGCUGGGUCUGACUGUGCUCACAGAAAAUGAGGAGGGAAAGCGUCUGGCGACUAAACCCACACUCUUUUACCUGAUGCAUUGUGGGAAGGCCCUGUACAACAACCUUCUGUGGAAGAACUGGAGUACACAAUGUCUUCCUCUGGUGAUUAUCAUUGGAAACAGCUUCAAUGGCAUGAAGGAAAGGACCAUUGAUAGAGAGUUCAAGCGGGAUUACGGCUACAUCACUCAGGCUGUGUCUGUGUGUGAUGAGAGACAGCUGCCUUGUCCCUCCCGUCUGAUCGACGUCUUCAGUGACACAGCAGUCAUCACCUUCCCUACCAGCAACCUUAACAGACUCCCACAAUCCACCUGGGCAGAGCUGCCUGAGCCAGAGUACAAACACUGCCCUGAUUUGGAAAUAAUUCAGAGGGAAACACAAAGCUGAGACGGGAUGAACAAGAAAAAGAGAGUUCUGUAUGUUUUUAUAAUUUGUUUUUUAAAUAAAUGAAUCCUGCUUUAAUUGGAGGAUUGAAUCUUGAAA